AGCCCCUGGGGACACGGCGGGUUGGGGCUGUCGCCCGCCCGGCUGCUUCGCUUGCCGCGGGUGGGAUGCAGGAGCUGCCCUGGCGGUACCCCCGGUACGGCUGCCUAGUUUCGGUGUAGAGCUUCUGGAGAGGAUGCUCUCCGUGGCCUGCGAGUGACGGUGACAGACGAGGGGACGCGGUGGCAUUAGCUUUCUUUGGCGUGCCUGAAGGUGACUUCUCAGAAGUAGGUUUUGCGCCGUGGGCUCGGGGGACGCACCGUCCCCGUCCCGCUGCCCUGCCGCCACGGGGAGCCCGGGACGCCGGGCGGGAAUGCGGCGCUCAAAUCCCUUUCGGCCGGGGGACCGGUGCCGGCGGCCGGUGCGGGGGACACAGGGACCCCCAUGCAUCCGAACGGGAAAAGCUGGGGAGGUGCACAUUGGUUAACGUGACUUUUUUCCAUAUCAACGCCGCCCUACUUUUCUCCCUACCCGAUUCGCCUGGCGGGUGCUCAGCCCUGGGCGUCAGCAGAGUCGUUUCUGGGGACACCGGGGGGCUCCUGGCUGCGCUCCCUGCGCUCCUUGGAGGGGGCUGCGUGGGGGACGUGACGGUACCAGGCGGCCGGGUGCCUUGUGGCAGCGGAGAAGAGGAAUGCUGGAACUGACGGAUUAAGUAGAAGUGUCUUAAUCUGUCCGUUUAACGAGAAAGCGUCAAGAAACCAAUUAAAAGGAAAAUUACGGCGCGGCGAGUGACUCCAUUGAAGGGUCUCUCCGUGCGCGGCUGGGAAGCACACAAAGGACGGCAGCUCCCCGGCGGCACCGCGUCCACCGGAGGAGCCCUUUCGGAGCCAUCCUGGGAGCGAGGUCAGAGCCAACCACGGCUGCCGGGCUGGCGAAGAGCUGCCCUUUGGGUGUGCCGGAGGAGCUGGAGGGGGGGACUCGCCAGCAGAGCAUCCCUUGGCGGCGGCGGCAUCCCCGGCACGAGCCAGCACCUUUUGCCCCGCCACCCUCCUCCCGCCCUCCGGUGCCUCCCGGCCGGGCACACAGCACCUGCCGCCGCCUGCGGACAGCCGCGAUGUUUAAAAUAAAGCUAGAGCCUUUAAAAAUGACAGCCUGGACUAUGAAUGUGUUCGUAAAGUUUCGGAAUAAGUACUCGGCUCCCAGCAGCGUUGCCAUCAUGGGGAAGGACUACUACAAGAUUUUGGGCAUCCAGAGCGGUGCCAACGAAGAUGAAAUCAAGAAGGCCUAUCGGAAAAUGGCCCUGAAAUAUCACCCUGAUAAGAAUAAAGACCCCAACGCUGAGGAGAAGUUCAAGGAGAUCGCGGAGGCUUAUGACGUCCUGAGUGACCCCAAGAAACGAGCUGUGUACGACCAGUAUGGGGAGGAAGGUCUCAAAACUGGAGGUGGCUCUUCAGGUGGCUCAGGGAACACCUUCCACUACACCUUCCAUGGAGAUCCCCAUGCCACCUUCGCAUCCUUCUUCGGAGGCUCCAACCCUUUCGACAUCUUCUUCGCCAGCAGCCGCUCCCGGAUGUUCAAUGGCUUUGACCAGGAAGACAUGGAUAUGGAUGAUGACGACGACCCUUUCAGUGCCUUUGGCCGGUUCGGCUUCAACGGCAUUAAUGGGGUUCACCGGCGGCACCAGGAGUCCCUGCACACACGGAGGAAGGUCCAGGACCCACCUGUCAUUCACGAGCUCAAGGUGUCCCUGGAAGAGAUCUACCACGGAUCCACCAAGAGGAUGAAGAUCACUCGCAGAAGGCUCAACGCUGAUGGCCGGACCAUGCGGACUGAGGACAAGAUCCUCAACAUUGUCAUCAAACGGGGUUGGAAGGAGGGAACCAAAAUCACCUUCCCCAAAGAAGGGGAUGCCACUCCAGACAACAUCCCUGCAGACAUCGUCUUCAUCCUCAAGGACAAGCCUCACUCGCACUUCAAGAGGGACGGGACAAACGUGAUCUACACGGCAAACAUCAGUCUUAAAGAGGCCUUGUGCGGCUGCACUGUGAACAUUCCCACCAUCGAUGGACGGGUGAUCCCGCUCCCCUGCAACGACAUCAUCAAGCCAGGGACAGUGAAGAGACUACGUGGGGAGGGGCUGCCCUUCCCCAAGGCCCCCAGCCAGCGAGGAGACUUGAUCGUGGAGUUCAAAAUCCGCUUCCCGGACAGAAUAGCUCCCCAGACGAGACAGAUCCUCAAGCAGCACCUCCCAUGCUCCUAGAGCCCAGGGACUCUCCUCCAAAGCAGCAAUACUCCAAACGCAUGUGCCACAGCACCUGGCCUGCACAGAGCCAAGGUGUCACAGCACUUUUAAAUGCAAAAAAAGAGAAAAAAACAACCCCUCACACUACUUCUCUCCCCCAAAAAACCCAUCCGACCCACCCCCUGUCCAUCCUUCUUGGCCGGUUUUUUACUCCAACAACGGGGAGACUCCUGUCUGCCACAGCUCCCCCAACUGCCAAACCUUUUCCUUCUCCCCAGAGGUCCAUUUUUUCUGCCUCGCAAGAGCGAGAGCUGUGGGCCCUUUGCCCAGGGAGGUGCGUCGUGUCGUGGGUUUUUUAUGUCACCUGCUUUUCAGGCCACUCUUCCCACAAGAAGCUGGACUUGCCGGGGUCCGGCGCUGUGUAAAUAGGACUCGGCAGGACCUGGCAUCCCCGCUGCUGGUUUUUCUCUUCCCCUCUUUGAUACUUGCUGCUGUUUGGGGUCCCGGCUGCACCGCGGUGCCGGUCACUCCUGCCUGUGGUGGCCCCCCCAGUAGCUGGACAAUCUCUCACCUUGGGGCCACGGUACCAAUCCAGCCGUGGUCCGCUCUCCUGUGCCAAGCCUACACCGAGCCUCGGCCGUGCCAAACAACGGAGCACGUGGGGAUGGCCCAUCCAGCCUCCUGCCCCUGCCCGGGGAUGUCCCCAGUGCCCGUGGGCAGCACUUGCCUGCACCUGCUGCCCACAGGGCCCAGCCAGCAGGAGGAGGGGGGAAAGCCCAGGGUGGAGCUUUCUUUUUUCAGAUGUGUUGAGUUUGCAUUGCUGCUUUUAUUUUUUAAAUACAUAUAUAUAGAGCUCAUUAGAUAAACUUCGUAAGGGUUUUUCUCUGCCUGUAUUGGGGAUACUGGCCUGACGCACCCAGGCUUUUUUUGAAAGGGGGAUGAUUCAGCCACACGAACAGCAAACCCCCGGAGUGGGGUUGUGUGUGCGUGUAGCACUAAUCUGGGUGCAAAAGCAGAGCCAAGCGUGAGCAGAGCUGUGGGUUUCACUAGUGUUUCAGGUCAAAUUAGGGAUUCUAAUAAGAAGAGAGAGGCGUGUGUAUAUAUUUUUCUACAGGGACAAUUCAUUCAGGAGGUGUUUCUGGACAUCAGGGCGGAUCUGGGAGGUGCAUGAGGCAGUCUGUUUAGUGGCUCCAUUUUCAAAUACUGUAUUUUUUUAAAACCUUUGGAUUUCCAUCAGGAGAAUUUUUAUAUUUCUUACCUUUCUCAGCCCACUCUGCCUCAUGCCGUUUUUUUUCCCAGGAAAGGGCUGGUGUGGAGCUGGAGGCACAUUUGACCUGGCUUUGUACAGCUCCUCUUUCACUGCAGCACUGCCAAGAAAACCCCUGCCAAAAUAUCCCCCUCCCCCUGCCCUGGGAAUCUUUUUUUUUAAUUCCUAAAAAAAAAAUAAAUUUACUGACUUGAAUCAG